GUGCAAUAUACAUGUGAACCAGAAGAGCUUCCUAGUGGAGAAGUUCAGCCUCGAUGCUUCCCUAUCCCUCGUAUCUUUAGGAUAUGUCCUAACCGUCCUGCCGUGGAAAUCACGAAACUUAUCAAGAUCGACCUCAAGACAGGAGAGAUUGAAAUGCCGGACGAGUCUAGUGCCCUUCUUCCCAAGGGUAAACACUGGCGAGAUAUACGUCGAUACGACACUGAAGCCGUAGCUGGAUCGAGUGGUUGA